AUGAGCAGAAGACAUAAGUCAAUUGACUCAAAAAUUCAAAGCCAGCGCCACCGGACUAAGAAAUCUUUACCUCCCAUUUCACACCACCUGCGAGAUAUUUCAGAUAAUUCAGCUAGAGCUACCCCAUGUGAUAAGACCCCUGAAUUAAGCUUAUAUACAUAUUUCAACGAUAAAAGUUUUACAUCUAAAGAGCACACCACAGCUCAUAAAUUUUUUACUCAUGAGCCUCUAUCCCCUGCUUCUCCUUCUCCGGAUUUGUUAUCUCGAUCUGUUAUAAUUCCAACUGAAACUCCAACUCCAAAAAUACUUAUAAAUCCUUCACUUCAAUUAAUUGGAAAAACUUCGAAAUGAGAAAUAAUGGAAAGGAUUGAGAAUUAUGAGAUCAAAAGAAUCCAAAAAGUAAACCCAAAAAGAAAUUUUAAAAAUUUGAGUGAUGAAUUUUAUAUGUGAUUUCAAUGCUAUAGUGAAAUUGUACCGUUAAUUAAAAUGCAAUCGGAGGAAACAGCUAAGGCUGUUUCGAAAAUAAAUGAAUAUAUUUUAUCACUGUUUUCAGAAGUCACACACCAGUUUAGAAUUCAAAAUAAAGAAAGAAAAGAAGAGAAACUUGGGCUUGAGAAAAAACUUCAAGAAUGCAAAGCAAUAAUCAUAAAAAUGCAAGGAGAUUCAGAAGAAAGGAUGAAGGAGUCAAAAAUAGAUGAAGAGAAAAUAAAAAAAGAAAUAAAUGAAAUUUUUGGAGAAGACGAUAGGGAAUAUCAAUUGUUAAAGCAAAAGGCGAAUAGAUUGAAUAGUGUCAGGGGUGGUGCAACUAUUGAUGUUCUAAAUGAAAUUUACAACGACAUGAUGCAAGAAAGAGAAAUUCCUUCCCUAAGAAAUUAUGAUAAUCCAAUUCUAAAGCCUGAAGAUAUCGAAAAAAAUCUGAUGAAAAACUUCCGAAUUUUACAGACAAACACUGCCCGUAGAGUUCAUAAAAUCUUCGAAUCAAAACAAACCAAGCUUGAUAACGUUACUCAAACUGAAGAAACUUUUAUUGAGCCACAAAAAUACGAUGAAGCUAAUAGCAAAAUUGAAAGACUCGAAAAGCAAUUUCAUCAAUUAGCUUAUGAUUACAAUGCAAAAAUUGAGGAAAUAUCUAGCUUGAAUAAAGAAAUCAAAACGCUAAAUUUUGAAAAAGAAGACAUGAAAAUGAUUCUCUCAAGAACUCAAAAAGAAGCUGAAAUGAUGAUAGAGCAAGUAGCAAAUAUUAAAAAAGAAAACCUAAAAUUAAAAACAGAAGUUGAUGAAGAAAAAGCUGAAUUGGCAAAUAGAUUAGCUGAGAAGAAAAAUUUAGAGAUGAGGAUUGAGCAGCAGUCAAAGAGAAUUGAAAAAUUAGUCGAAAAAACUGAGGGAUAUGAAAGAUUAAUCAAAGAAAAUGGGGAAAAAAUAAAAGAUCUUGAAGAAAAAAAUAAAGGCUCUCAAGAAAAGCUAAAUAAAGAAAUUUCGAAAGGACUCUUGAGCUCAAAGCAUACAUCCACAAAUAAUAUGUCAGGCAGCUCGAACUCCAUAAUUAUACCUCAGCCUGGUCUUGAAAAUGAUGAGGAAAACCAAAAUAUAUUUCAGAAAUCAGACUCAAACUCCACAAUUGAUUUCAACGCAAGAGCCAUAUCAAGGCUGAGCAUGGAUACCAACUGCUCACAAUCAACAGGAGUCACCCAAUCUGUUGCGAAGCACCAACCCCGAAAUUCAUUUUUGAGUAAAGUAUAGGGGUUUUCCCUAUAUGACCCGAUAAGGGCAUGGGUUUUCCGUGGAAUCCCUCUGUUGGUCAAACCAAUUCAGUGCGUUGGUUUAACCAAUUCACUGGUUGGUUCAACCGGCAAAGGGAUCCCACAGAGAACCCACAACCCUUAUCGGGCUAUAGAGGGAAAACACCUAUAGAUGAAAUGCAGCCUACUCCAGUUAAUACAAAAUCUACAUUGAAAAAACAUAUAAAUAAGGAAACAGAUUACGCUAAUAAAUCAUCCAAAAAAUCUGUUCUGAAUAAUGAAGAAAGCAGAUUGGAAGAGGAAGAACUGCAACUGGAUAAAAAGUGGAGAGAAAGCAUUAUCGCAACUAUAGACAGUCAUAAUUCAACUUCCCCAACUUCUUAUCUGAGUGAUCCAUAUUUUAAAGAAUGUCUUAGGAUUUCUCGCUUAAUUAAAAUGACUGAAAUUUUCAAAAACUCUUACGUAAUAAAAAAUUAAAAUUAGACCGAAAACGUCUUCUAUGGUAAUUUUAGGAUAAUCCAUAUUUAAGGAUAAGCAAAAAAGCAAGACUAGGAGAAAAUGGCAUACCAGUUCAGCUUUUUGAUGAAGACUCCUCCACUUUAGAACUCAGCAUUAAAAAUGCUAGAGAAAAUUCCAAAGGAAUUCAAUAUAAUUGGGAAACCCCAGACAUUGAUUAUAAUGAUGAAAAAUUGUAUGAUUCAAAUGGAAAUAUCGUAUAUUUAGUACCAUUUAACCCUAAUAACAUUUAUGGAUUAAAUGGCGACAAUUAUCAUCACACUUUGAAACAGAUUUUCCAAGCUCAACCAAAAAUUCCAGAUCUAAAAGAUUCAGUCAUGUUUCGACCCAGCUAUGUUUUAGAUAAAAAUGAAGAUAUGAUGGUGGAUAAGCUGAGAAAGAAACACAAAAAGAAGAACAAAUUAGCGAAACAAGCAAUAAUUUCGCCAUACCUACAAUAA